AUGAUUUGCAUAUAUGUGAUAAUAUUUGCUGUGACUAGGUGCUAUGGGAUGGAUGAGGAGGGAAGAUUACUGCGAGUACCCAGUGCCAGACAACCCAUUUCCCGAGACAUAAGCUUUGUCAACAGGGAUACCCAGACAAUGCAACUACCCGUCCAUUGUCCCAUCCACACUAUGAUAGAGCUUUCCCAUCAUAUGGCACAAAGCGCUCCUACAGACACACCAAAUGCACCGAGCGGCGAAAAUCGUAUGAAUAAUACAAGAAAUGGUGAGGGAGAAAGAAUACAUAAUAGGCGGGAUAUACCGCACAUACAACAGCCAUCCAACACAGAAGGUUCGCAAAAUAGAGUAGUAGUGCCUUGGGGGGAUACUUAUUAUGUAUUUCGUAAUCCCACUCAUAAUUUGCGCCCACAACUUCCUAUGCCUGUGAGGUGGGAAAGCCAUAUAAUCCUGGAUUUAGAUAAUACGGUCGUACCAAUGGGAGUAGGAAUAAAGAGUUACGGGGAGCGGGUGUUUAUCUUCACGAUAAACGUGAUUUUUUUCAGGAUGAAUCGCGUUUCGUUUGGUAACACAAAUGUACCUAUACCGCCAGGUUCUAGGAAUUGUAUAAUUUGGAUAUACAAAGAAGCUGGGUUGUACCGUGUAACAGUGGAGUUUUUGCACGAUGGCAAGUGGAUUUCCAAAGAAUAUCUUGAAAGGGGGCCAGGUGUUAAUAUGUUUAGACAAAUCAGUUUGCACAUACAUGAUAGCGUUAAUUCUGAGCCGAAUAAUCCAUUUGCAAAUGAGACGAUUACUCCAAUUAAUUUAAUGUUACCUACAGAAUUGGAUAUAAACGACCCCAAUUGGAUCAGAGGCAUACCUCAAGGAGUCUUUGUCGUCGAUAUGCCAGGCAAUCCCCUUAAAUACUUUGAGAUAACGGGUUCUCGCGUGCAGAUAAGUAGAGUUAAAUUCGGCGACAUAGUUGUAGGUUUCGCCGGACACUCGAAGAGGUUAAUUUGGGCAUACAAGGUCAACGCGCUCAAGCACGUAAGGAUUGAAAAUUAUUCGACGCACAUUUGGUAUGGCGAGCUUUGGACUGAAGUGGCACCUGGGUCUAAUAGUUUUAGGCUAGUAGAUUGUUGGGCCUUCCCUGCCUAG